GCCCGCCCUGCCUCCCCGCCCGCGCCCGCCUCUCGGCCCGCGCCCACGAAGGGGUGAGGCGGCCGAGCCGGGGCCGGCGCCGGGCCGGCUCGGGCAUCGAUCCCGGGGCUCCGACGGCACCAGAGUGAGCUGCCCUCGGCCGGGAGUGGGAAGAUGUCCCAGUCCACCCAGUCCACCGCCGCCGACGAGGGGGCCACGUUCCAGCACCUCUGGAGCUCUCUGGAGCCAGACAGCACCUACUUUGACCUUCCCCAGUCGGGCCAGGGGAAUGAUGAGGUGGCGGGCAGUGCAGAGCCCAGCAUGGAUGUCUUCCACCUGCAGGGCAUGACCACGUCUGUCAUGUCCCAGUUCAAUUUGCUGAGCAGCACCAUGGACCAGAUGAGCGGCCGCGCGGCCUCGGCCAGCCCCUACACCCCGGAGCACGCGGCCAGCGUGCCCACCCACUCGCCCUACGCGCAGCCCAGCUCCACCUUCGACACCAUGUCGCCCGCGCCCGUCAUCCCCUCCAACACCGACUACCCCGGCCCCCACCACUUCGAGGUGACCUUCCAGCAGUCGAGCACAGCCAAGUCGGCCACCUGGACGUACUCUCCGCUGCUAAAGAAGCUCUACUGCCAAAUUGCCAAGACGUGCCCCAUCCAGAUCAAGGUGUCCAGCCCGCCGCCCCCGGGCACCGCCAUCCGCGCCAUGCCCGUCUAUAAGAAGGCGGAGCACGUGACCGAGGUCGUGAAGCGCUGUCCCAACCACGAGCUCGGGCGGGACUUCAACGAAGGACAGUCUGCCCCCGCCAGCCACCUCAUCCGCGUGGAGGGCAACAACCUCUCGCAGUACGUGGACGACCCCGUCACCGGCAGACAGAGCGUCAUGGUGCCCUACGAGCCCCCGCAGGUGGGGACAGAGUUCACCACCAUCCUGUACAACUUCAUGUGCAACAGCAGCUGUGUGGGGGGCAUGAACCGGCGGCCCAUCCUCAUCAUCAUCACCCUGGAGACCCGGGACGGACAGGUGCUGGGCCGCCGGUCCUUCGAGGGCCGCAUCUGUGCGUGUCCCGGCCGGGACCGCAAAGCGGAUGAAGACCAUUGCCGCGAGCAGCAGGCCCUGAGCGAGAGCGCCGCCGCCAGGAGCGGGGCCGCCAGCAAGCGCGCCUUCAAGCAGAGCCCCCCUGCCAUCCCUACCAACGUGAAGAAGAGGCGGCAUGGGGACGAGGAGACGUACUACAUCCAUGUGCGGGGCCGGGAGAACUUUGAGAUCCUGAUGAAGGUCAAGGAGAGUCUGGAGCUGAUGGAGCUGGUGCCCCAGCAGCUGGUGGACUCCUACCGGCAGCAGCAGCAGCAGCUCCUGCAGAGGCCGGGCCACCUGCAGCCUCCGUCCUACGGGCCCGUCCUCUCGCCCAUGAGCAAAGCACACGCGGCCGGCAACAAGCUGCCCUCGGUCAACCAGCUGGUGGGCCAGCCUCCCCCGCAUGGCUCGGCGCCCGGGCCCAACCUGGGGCCCAUGGGUGAGUGGCUCGGGCAGUGUGGCCGGGGAGGUGGGGAGGCCCACAGGGCGGGCCUGGCGCUAGACACUCCUGCCCAGCUCAGGACCACUCGGCAUUCUCGACGGCAGGCCCCUCCUGCAGCCCUGGCCCAGGAGCCGCAGGCACGGACACGGAGGGUCCGCUCCUUCCGCUCCCGUUCCCUGGAGGGCCGAGCCUUACGCACCUCCCCCGCACAGUCCGGGAUGCCCGGCCCCGCCCCCUCUCACCGUCCCACCUGCCUCCUGCCCAGGCCCUGGGAUCCUCAGCAACCACAGCCACGCCCUGCCGGCGAACGGCGAGAUGAAUGGCGGCCCCAGCUCCCAGUCCAUGGUCUCGGGGUCCCACUGUACCCCACCACCCCCCUACCACGCCGACCCCAGCCUGGUCAGUUUUUUAACAGGAUUGGGAUGUCCAAACUGCAUCGAGUAUUUCACCUCCCAGGGGUUACAGAACAUGUACCACCUGCAGAACCUAACGAUAGAGGACCUGGGGGCCCUGAAGAUCCCGGACCAGUACCGGAUGACCAUCUGGAGGGGCCUGCAGGACCUGAAGCAGGGCCACGACUACGGCGCCCAGCAGCUGCUCCGCUCUGGCAGCAGCACGGCCACCAUCGCCCUCGGGGGCUCGGGGGAGCUGCAGCGGCAGCGGGUCAUGGAGGCCGUGCACUUCCGCGUGCGCCACACCAUCACCAUCCCCAACCGCGGCAGCGCAGCUGGGGGCGCCGGGCCAGACGAGUGGGCCGACUUCGGCUUCGACCUCCCGGACUGCAAGUCCCGCAAACAGUCCAUCAAAGAGGAGUUCACUGAGAGCGAGGCCAACUGAGGGGAUGGGCGUGGCCUGUCCCCCCCCACCCGGUGCUACCCAGCCCGAGCCGAGAGCCCCUGGGAAGCCGCGCUGGAUGUCUGCUUCCUUGUCGUCACCAACUGCCCCGGGAGGCAGGACCUCUGGGCUCUGCCGGGAAAGGGAUGUGGGCAGGGGGAUGCCCGUGGCGAGGGGCUCCCGGAGCUGCGCUGAGGGUGUGCCCAGGGCCCAUCCUCGGGGUGGGGGGGCUCACCCUCCCUGACUUGCCUCCCUGCGGGCUCUGCUGACCGACUGCCAAAAAGUAUUUUUCAACGUCUCUGGCUCUGGGUAGCGACGCGCGGCUCGGUGCUUGUACCGAAACACGCCUGUUUUUGGGUCAAGGCUCCAGACAAUGUCCCUGCCCGAGGCUGGUCCCUCUGCUGGACUUGAGGGUCAGUCUGCCCCUUGCACACCUGACCGCUGGUGCAAAGCCCACGGCAGCCACCUCCCACUUCCUGCCCCAAACAGAAACCAGAGUUUCACUGGAGUCAGAAAGACGGUCCCUCCCGGAGACAAAGAAGCUUGCCUGGUUCGUGGCCUCCAGCCAGCACCCCUGCCAACACCGCUGGCCUCAGCCCCCUCUCCAGCGGCCCUCUCAGCAUAGAUGUGGACAGCGGGCUCCCCACACUACUGGAAAAUGUCAAUGUUUGGUAAAAAUUAUGCCAUUUUCUACAUGGCGGGUGAGCCUUUUUUUUAACCUUUGUUCUCAACGUUCCUGUCAGGUCAGCCUAGCGGGAUUCCUGGCCUCCUUGCUCUAUAUAAACAAGAUGGGCUGAGAAAGGCCAGGGCAAACCGGGCGGGGUCCACACCAGGCAGGCGUCGGUCACUUGCUCCCACGUGCGGGAUGGGAGGCAGCCGUGGGAGGGCAGAGCCCCCUGCCCGCCCCCUGCCCGCGGCCACAGCCCCACUCAGCUCCCUGGGAGGCUGGGCUCUGUGCCAGAGGGGCCCUCCUGUCCUUGCAGCAGGCGGAGGGGGUCCAGGCCUUUAUGAGGCACCCCAAGCAGUCAGGAGGCUGGGGGGAGACAGCAUCUGUACCCCCAGCCGAUGGGGCCAUUUCUGUCUGCAAGGAGCCUUCUGAGCCAUUGUAGCCAGAGAACUUCAGGGCGGGAAACAGGACCACAGAGGGUCGUGGGCCAAGGGGAUGAGGCACCCCCCCCCCCUUGUCCCAGGCAGGUGGGAUGAGGGGACUCCCGGCUAACGCGUAAGCUGAGACUCCGCCUGCUACUUUGCCAGCAUCUGUCUGUCCGUGGCUCUGUCUGGGUCC